GUUCUCCAGCUGGGCUACAAUAAGAUGACUAACCUGACCGAGGGCAUGCUGAGAGGUCUGGGUCGAAUCCAAUGCCUUUUCUUGCAACACAACCUUAUUGAGGUCAUCGCUAGCAAUGCCUUCUGGGAGUGCCCCAGCCUCAGCAGCCUGGACUUAUCUUCCAAUAAAUUGGCUCGUCUUGACCCGUCUACAUUCACGGUCCUCAACAGGCUGCAGGUGUGUGAACUGGCGGGAAACCCGUUCCACUGUGGCUGCGAUCUUUUCACUUUCCUCACCUGGCUGGAGGCGUUCAACAAUGUCACCCACACCUACGACCGCCUCCAGUGCGAAACGCCUGUGGAAAUGAAUGGUUACCCUCUUCUGAGUCCGCUGCCCGGGCACGGAAAAAAUGCCCGUUACACUCUUCUAUCCAUGUGUCGCGAUGGUGUAAUAAUUCCAGGGAUGACCUCGCAGACACCAGAUCAAGAUGGGUCAGGCAUGGGUUUGGAUAACCCAGAUCAAGGUCUGUACCCCCAACCAACCAUAUCCUCCACUGCUGACCCCACCUAUAACAAUCAGAUUUCCAUGAAGCUUGAAACUGUCUCCCUCUAUAGCGCUUCUCUAUUGGUACAGAUCCCACGACCAUACAGUAAGAUGUACAUCCUUUCCCAGUACAACCAAAGCUUUGUUGCAGACGUCAAGCCCCUGAAGUUGAAGAGAGAGACACUCACUCUGGAGAAACUGAAACCACACACAAACUACACUUACUGUGUGGCGUCUGCAAGCAAAACUCAGCGGUACAACCACACCUGUCUGUUCUUCACCACACGAGCUUUGGGGUCAGAGGACCCACAAGCCAACCCGUCCACAACUACCCACUACAUCAUGACCAUCCUGGGAUGUCUGUUUGGCAUGGUCAUUGUGCUUGGAGUAGUCUAUUACUGUCUCCGACGGCGACGCAUCCUGGAGGAGAAGAAGAAAGCUAUAAGCGUGAAGAAAACUAUUUUGGAGAUGAG